AAAAAAGAACGAGAGGGGACACUGUAACUAUCAAACUGGGAAGGAAGUCUCAUGUGCUGUGGAGAGAAGAAGAGCUUGUAGUUAUUUCAUGGACAUCCCUUUUUCAGAACAGAGAUGAUGAGGAAUUUCUUUAGCCAGUGUUGAAUCUGCAGAAUUCAUUGCUCCAGACAGCUGUGGAGGACAAGUUAUUGGGUAUAUUUAAAGUGGAAGUUGAUAGGUAUGGGCAUCAAAGGUCACUUAUUUAUUGAGAUACAGUGCAGAAUAGGCCCUUCCAGCCCUUUGAUCUGUGCUGCACAUCAAUCCCCUAAUUUAACGCUAGUCUAAUCAUGGAACAAUUUACAAUGACCAAUUAACCUACCAAACCGUACAUCUUUGGACUGUGGGAGAAAACUGGAAUACCCGGAGGAAACUCACACAAAGGGAGAACUUUUUACAGGAAUUAAACCCUGGUUGCUGGUACUAUAAAGCGUUGUCUAUGUUACCAUGGGGAGAAGGCAGGUGAAUGGGGUUGCGAGGGAAAAUAAAUCAGCAUGAUGGAAUGGCGGAACAAACUCGAUGGGCUGUAUGGACGGAUUCCGUUCCUAUGUCUUAUUACUGGUGUACAGUUUGAUCACUGGAGGGAUGGCAGGAUCAAUAUUAACACCAUAAAGGCACAGUUCACCCCUCUUCGCCAAUCCCUCCCACAGGUGCAAUUUGUUUUGGAAAACCAGCUGAAUGGGUGGCCGUGGUGGAGGGGUACCCUCUCUUUUAAAUUCUGAGUUUGUGGGGAUGGGUAAUGACAUGUCAGCAGAGUAGGGAAAUCAGAUCAGGAGGGGUUUUACCCCAAGGGAUGGAGGUGAGGAGGAUGGUUUUACCCUGGAGAGGGGAGAAAUGGGGUGCAUGAGGGCUGGGUUUUACCAGGGGGGCUGUGAAGCACAGGAUUUACCUUAAGGAGUGGCAGUGAGGAGGGCUUUACCCCAACGAUGGAAGGAGAAAGGCAGUAUGUGGCCGAGUUUUACCCUGGGAGGGGGAGAAGGGGGUGUGAGGGGCGGGUUUUACCCCGGUAAAGGGGAGGAGGCCGGAUUUUUAUCCCAGGAAGGGGAAGGUUGGGGGUGGUUUACCCUGGGAGGAGAAAAGGUGGGGUGGGGUGGGGGUUCCGGGGAGGGAUUACGGCGGCGAGGACCAGCUUUUACUCCGGGAGAGGUGGAGAGAAGGGUGUGGUCUAAUUCUGGGGAGGGAACAAUUAGGCGUGAGGGCCAGGAGCGCCGCUAGUGCGGCCGUUAGAUCCACCGCCGGCGGGAGGGGGUGACCGGUAACCGGACUCACCCGCCGGGUGUCCUCCCACCUCGGCCGAUCCGACAGCGUGGGCAGGGAGCCAGAGCGCUGACCGCCCUCACCCCCUUUUUCCUGAGCCCGCCCGCCCGACUUGACAAGCCGGCGCCGUUAUCCUGCCCGCCGGUCUGAAGCGCCGUCCCCCGCCCAGCAAUCGAGCGCCACGUGCCGGUCUGGGCCGAACCGCGGAACGGUAACUGCCCCGGCUCAACCGUCUCCGUGAUACCCGCCUCCCCCUUUCCAUUUUACACACGCACGUAAAUAAUUAAUCUCGGAGAGAGAGAGAGAGAGAGGGGAGGGAGGGGGGAAGAAGAAAGGAAGAAGGAGAUUAGAAACCGCGGAGAAAAUGUCGGGCCAGACCAUUACGGACCGCAUCGCGGCGGCCCAGUAUAGUGUGACCGGCUCGGCCGUGGCCAGGGCCGUCUGCAAAGCCACGACCCACGAGGUGAUGGGACCCAAGAAGAAGCACCUGGACUAUCUUAUACAAGCUACGAAUGAGACCAACGUUAACAUACCUCAGAUGGCUGACACUCUAUUCGAGCGAGCAACAAACAGUAGCUGGGUAGUAGUAUUUAAGGCUUUGGUUACCACGCAUCAUUUGAUGGUCCAUGGCAAUGAGAGAUUUAUUCAGUAUCUGGCAUCUAGAAAUACUUUGUUCAACCUCAGCAAUUUUUUGGACAAAAGUGGGACACAUGGUUAUGAUAUGUCUACGUUUAUUAGGAGGUACAGCAGAUACUUAAACGAGAAAGCAUAUUCCUAUAGACAGAUGGCAUUUGACUUUGCAAGAGUGAAGAAAGGGGCUGAUGGUGCAAUGCGAACUAUGGCUCCAGAGAAGUUGUUGAAAGGCAUGCCAAUACUGCAAGGGCAGUUGGAUGCAUUGCUGGAGUUCGAUGUGAGCCCUGGUGAAUUGUCAAACGGAGUAAUAAAUGCUGCUUUCUUGCUACUUUUCAAAGACCUAAUCAAAUUAUUUGCAUGUUACAAUGAUGGAAUCAUUAAUUUGUUAGAAAAAUACUUUGAAAUGAAGAAAGGACACUGUAAAGAAGCACUAGAAAUUUACAAAAAAUUCCUCACUAGAAUGACAAGAGUUUCAGAAUUUCUUAAAGUUGCUGAACAAGUAGGUAUUGAUAAAGGUGACAUUCCUGAUCUUUCACAGGUAAUACAUCGGAGAAUUCUUGUCGACCUUAAAAAUUCUGACACUGAAAAUACACCUUUAAAAGAUUGUACCAUUGAUAAUCCGGCACCCAGCAGUCUUCUGGAAGCACUUGAGCAGCAUUUGAAUACACUGGAAGGGAAGAAAAAUGCAGCUGGCAGUAGGACUGCUGGAGCACCUUUACAGGGGACUACGGGCUCUCCGGAAAACACAGGGUCUUCUCCCACCACCAGUCCUGCCAAAGUGGCUGACACUGCUCCAGUCGUUGAUCUCUUUUCACCGCCACCCCCUGUCGCAGCUCCAGUAAAUGCAUCCAAACUGUCCAAUGAUCUUCUUGAUCUACAACCAGAUUUUACAUGUGCAGUUCAGUCAACAGCAGCAGCUAAUCCACCAGCCAGUGCUUGGGGAGAUCUUUUAGGGGAAGAUUCUUUGGGUUCUCCUGCCCUCCCUAAUGCCUCUGAAGCACAGCCAACUGAUCCAUUUGCAGCAGAGGCCUCCUUGAAAACUUCUCCUACAACAGCAGAUGCUACCAUGCCUACUGUUGCUGCCUCAGCACCAACCACUGAUCUGGAUCUUUUUGGAGAUGCAUUUGCAGCUUCUCCUACAGAAGAACCCGCAACAUCUGAAGGGGUGGGAGUGGCAGCAGCCCCUGCAACAACAGCAGCCGCAGCAGCAGCACUUGAUGCAUGUGCUGGAACUGACCCUUUUGCACCAUCAGAAGGUAGUGCAGAGGCUGCUGCUGAACUGGACCUUUUUGCUAUGAAGCCUGCUGAGGCCAGCGUUCCAGCAACUACCCCCACCACUACCGUUGCAACUGCCAGUACAGCUACCGUUGCCAUUACCAGCACAACUGCUAGUGUGACUACGACUGAGACUGUUACUGUAACCGCGACUGUUACUGCGACUGCUACUACUGCUACCACCACAACAGCAGAUACUACUGCCACCACUACCACUGCACCUGCUCUUGAUAUUUUUGGUGAUUUAUUUGAUUCUGUUCCUGAGCCAAAUGCAUCUACAGCUCCUAAACCUGAAGCGGGUCCUAGUAUAGACCUAUUUGCAUCAGAUGCUUUUUCAACCCCUUCACGUGGGGCUUCCCCUUUGCCAGAAAGUAGUCUUACUGCUGAUCUGUUAUCUGUCGAAGCAUUUGUAGCACCACCCACAGUCAGUGCCUCUCCUGCUAAAUCAGAACCUUCAGCCGUACUUGAUCUGUUUGGUGAUGCCUUUGGCAGUUCUGUUCCUGAGUCUCAGCCUGCCAAUCAGGCCCUUUCCACUUCAUCUGCAUCGUCCGACUUGCUAGCUGGCUUUGGAAAUGCAUUUAUGGCAACUACAAAUGCGACAGUGCCUCCAGUUUCAAAUAAUAUUUUGCAACCUGACUUUGAAGCUGCUUUUGGUAUGACGACUGCAAGUAGUACACUCGACUCAUCAGGUUUUGAUGGAUUAGGUGAUCUUCUAAUGCCAACAGUGGCAUCCCAGAAUCAAGCAACGCUCGCAACAAUGCCAACAGCAGGUGUAACAUCGCAGCCGACAAAAGGCUUGGGGAGUGAUCUUGAUUCUUCUCUUGCAAACCUUGUAGGAAACCUUGGCAUUUCUCCAACUCCAGGAAAGAAGAGUGACCUUCAGUGGAAUGCUUCUGAAAAGAAGUUGACUGGAGGAGCGAACUGGCAACCGAAAGUUGCUCCAACAACAGCUUGGUCAGCAGGUGUUCCACCCAGCAAUCAAAUGGGAGUUGUUCCUCCAGUUGGGCCAGCACCUAGUGCUCAACCAGUCCCUGGAUUUGGGAUGCCACCUACAGGUGCAAAUGUACCCAUGAUGCCUCAGCAGCCAAUGAUGUACCCUCAGCCUAUGAUGAGACCAGCAUUCGGAGCUGGACCACCGCUUUCCCCAAGCCCAACGCCUGCUACUCAGAGCCCCAAGAAACCUGCAACCAAGGAUCCUCUAGCAGAUCUAAACAUCAAGGAUUUCUUGUAAACAAAGCUGCCGUUCAUGCAAUGAUGGGAACGCUGAAGGUGACAACAGUGGAUAUUCACUACUCCAAGCAAUUCACCAGUCAUGUUUCAAUGCUUAUUCAGACGUCCAUAUCGUAAAAGGUGUAGCACAACUGUGAAAGUAACCCUUAGGAAUGUACUUUUUGAUGUUAUGCCCUAAUUUAUCAGAAAUUGUCCAUUUUGGAUUGUGUUUUGCAACUUGAAAGAUGGGUGUAUCUGAUGCCUUUUAGUGCUUCUCUGUACCUAAUGAUAACUUGGGUUGCAGAAUCGCAGCUGUUGUGUAUGAGCCACUUGGAGUAAUGUAUUCGUAUUCUUGAAAGUGCUAAUGUAUAUAAUUUCACUGCAGAGCCUAGGAUGACAUGUCCGUUCUGUAUACCUAUUAGCUUAUAGUCAUGAUUCUAGUAGCAAUUUGCAUAUAAAUUAAUGUGCUUACACCCUCCCAAUCUUCCAAGUCUGAAGUUUUGUCGGAAACAAUUCACAACUACAAAAAAUUGGAUAAAACAUGCAAUCAGUUUUUAAAAGAAGCAUUUGUGCAUUAUUUUCAAAAUUAUUUAUAAUUCCUUUUAAAAGUAAUAUAAAAUUUGAUGUUAAACUUCCAUAGUCUUGCACUGAUCUUGGCAUAAAAAGUAUUACUGGGCAGAAAUAUGCUGCAUACCAAGACAGAAAAUGUUAUCUAAAUGUCAUAUUUAUAUCUAUCAGUAUGCAAAAAUUGUAUUUAAUUUCUUUUAAGUUACAUUAUGUAUUCUUUGUUUAAUGGACCAGCAGUGAAGUAUCAGACACUGGGAAUGUUUACUUUAGAAAAGAUGAUAAUAGGUUGAUAUUCUCGGAUGUCUUUCAGUUGGGGAUCACAAACCAUUUAAUGCACUUUUUUGCUGCCCAUAACCAGCUUUCAUAGCUUUCUCCAUCAGAAAAUCAUAUCUGAGGUUUUGUUGAUGUAUUUUUGUCAUUAAGCUGUUGUCCUUAAUUUUUUGUAUGCAAAUGAGUAGACUCAAACAUUGCCCAUCAUCUCUUCUAUACACCUGCACCUUUUAAAGAAAUUUUAUGUACUGUGCGGAUCCCAGGGAAAUGUCAUAUCGUUUGUGCAAACUGCUUGGCAAAAGGUGUAGCUAACAAUGAAGGAGGUCACUGUUGAUCAGUGGGAUUAGUGUUCUCAGGCAUGACAAUUAUUUUGUAAAAAUGCUAUGCAGUUUGAAAGUGUUUCCUUUAUGUCUCUUUAGAUCUGUCAAUAUCUAUAUAGUGUACCGUUCCAAGUAACUGUAUCUGGAAUUAAUGUGGGGAAAAAUACAUAUAUUUAAAAUAUUACUCUUUUUAUUUAAACUUGUUUGAUUUUUCUCCUUGAUCCAGUGCAUGUAUCCCCUUUGAGAUGCAAUAAAUGCGUUGAUCAAAGUAA